UUCGUUAAAGACAUCACCUAAUCUCAACAAAUUAAAGGACAUGCCUGAAAAAUUGUUUUCGUCAUAAAAAUUUCAACGAAUAUCAUCAACGCGCUCUAAUUUAUCAGUAUAUAUAAGCAAAAGUGAACUUUGAGUUGUUAUAUCAGACGUUAUAUACGUAUGUAUGUAUGUAUGUAUGUAUGUAUGUAUGUAUGUAUGUAUGUAUGUAUGUAUGUAUGUGCUGUUGCAAGCGACACGAUGGAUGUUAGGAAAUGUUAUCCAACCGGACCAAACUGUGUUUCGUAAGUAUUUAAAGCUGUUUAAGUUAUUCCAGUAAUAUUUAUUUUCACCUUUACUACCAAUAUUUUAAGAACGAUAUGAUUAUCAAAUAAUAACACGACAAUUACAUUAAAUAUUUAUUGUAAUCAACUGAUGAUCGAACCGAAUCGUUGGAUUCGUAAUCACUCAAUCGAUCGUUUGAUCGAUGAAUCAUAUAUCCUCGAUCAAUUACGUAACUUAAAAGCAUUUUUAAACUUACAGAUUUCCAUACGUUUGAAUGCCGUUGUACUCGAAAAAUUGACUCAACGAAUUUGAAUGGUAGCCUUUUCAAUCUAAUCUCCAUUCGCACGAUCAUUAUGGAUUUCUUCGUAAGACUGUCAGACAACAGAAUGACACCAGUCUUGAUGAUUCUCGAUGAAAAGUUGAUCAAAUCCAUUACCAUAACAAAUUUCGACUAUUUUCGAAACCAUCAAAAUUUCAUCAACGAACACAUAGACAACUUCUUCAGCAGUAAUCUGUUGUUAUUCCGUGACGAUAGGUGGAGAAACGUCAGAUCGUUAUUCACUCCAGCCUUCAGCUCCAGUAAAAUGAGAUCCAUGUUUCAAUUGAUGUCCGAGACCGAUGUAAACGUGGCAAAAUAUUUGUCAACCCUUCCGGCGAAUGAGAACGUGGUAGAGAUGAAGGACAUCUUCACCAGGUAUGCCAACGACGUGUUCGCGACGUGUGCUUUUGGUAUCGUGAUCGAUUCAUUGGCCGAUCAAAAAAAUAAAUUUUAUACUUUAGGCAGAGAGGCUUUGGACAUUCACAGCGUAACGAUUCUCAAACUUAUCGUGAUAAAAAUAUUCUCAGGAUUAGCUAGAUUUGGUAUAACGUUGUUAAACAAAAAAGUGACGGAUUUCUUCAAACAAGUGGUAUCUGACAGUAUCAAAGUUAGAGAAGAGAAAGGUAUAGUCAGACCAGAUUUUAUUCAGCUGAUGAUGGAGACCAAAGCUAAAUUAGUCUCGGGAAAGGAUCUCACCGUCCAUGAUAUCACUGCCCCAAGAAAGACUGUAUGCCGAAAUCGAUUGCGUUUUGGCCAAUUCACUUUCGAAAUAUCCAGCAGUCGUUUAGAGUAUCUCGACGCUAUGAUCAACGAGACACUGGGAAUGUAUCCAAUUAUACCUAUUACCGAUCGAGAAUGCUCGAAAUCAUUCGAACUAACUCCAGUUCUGCCAGGAGCGAAACCAUACGUAAUGAACGAAGGUUCUCAUCUAUGGUUGCCGAUCUACGUGAUCCAACGUGAUCCAAAAUAUUUUGAGGAACCGAAUACCUUCGAUCCACAUCGAUUUUUGGAUAAGAAGAGUAAUCUCGUUAACAGUGGAGCGUAUUUACCAUUUGGCAUGGAUCUAAGAAAUUGUAUCGUCAAAAGGUUCGCGUUAAUGGAGGCUAAAGUCGCAUUGUUCCAUAUUUUUGUCCGUUGCCGGCUCGAAGUUUGUUCCGGGACGACGAUGCCUAUGGAAUUGAAGACGAGAGGAGUGUUUCUUACGGCGAAAAAUGGAUUUUGAUUGCGAAUAGUUCCGAGAAACAUUUAAUUAAUCGAAGAAAUGUUUAAUUAAUCCGUUGAAUUGAAUUUUAUUCAAAUCUUAUAAGAUGGUAAAAUUAAUAAAAUCUGACAGUAUGAACUGGCUGAAGGAAGAUUGUGAAUAAAAAAGUUGUAUGAAAUUAGUGAAUUAUUUUGAAUUAAGAAGAAUCAGUAUGAAUCGAUCAGUGGAAAGAUAAACUGAACAAAUAUAUCGGAGUAAAGGUAUACAAAUAAUACGUAAUAUUUAAAUUCCAAGUUAGCAGCACGAAUUAAUAAAGAGAAAUUUGCUGGGAGAAAUUUUAAACGAGUUUAAUUGCCAGAGAAGGAAAGCUUGUUUCUGAAUACUCGAAGAGAAAUGGUUGUUCUGAAUAAUAAGACUAAUCGUAUUGUACCUUUAGAAUUGAUUUGCUUCGUGUAUUUUUUUGAGUU